AUGGCAUCAGUGAUGCAGAAGACAACGUCAUGGAGCCUAAUUGCUCUGACAAGGCCAUCGUUCACAGCGGCGAAUAACCUCGCCCCAGUGAUUUUCAAGGCCCCAGGCCUGCGGCUCUACAGGCCAGUGGAAACUCUUCGCAAAUGGGUGGAUAGAAAUUUCAAGGACCUCUUCACCAAUGAUAAACAGAAAGAGCUAAACAAUAUCCUUAAGGAUAUCGAGGCCGGCCCAGAUGCUGGCAAGCCAAUGGCCAUCAGCAGCCUGUCGGAGCCACGAAUCCGGGAGAUCUUCAGCCUGGGGAAAGACGAAGCCAUAGAUAUCUCCGCAUACAAGGUCAUACUGCCCGAGGGCAUUAAGCGGUCCCUGAACAAGGUGAACAAGGUCACUGGGGUGGGCCGUCCCCAGAUUGAGCCCUUUGCCCGCACACCGGAACAGGGCAUGUCGAACCAUUUCCACAUUCUGGCAGUCGAUCCCAUUUCGAAGUAUGGCGACUGGGGCGGGCCGACCCCAGGUCGAGCCCUUCGCCCGGACCCUCGUGAGCGUAAUGCUCAUAGAGGCAAUUGCGAGCAAUCUGGCUACAACGGGAACGAUGAGGGGGAAGCAGAGCACCCCAAGAACAGGGACAUCGGUUUCUCGACCAGGAAACACGCCUAUUACUCCUGA